AUGACAAAGUCUUCCGGAAAAAAGAGUAAAGAACCGGAACUGUCAGAGGUUUUGAAAAAAUGGCUCGAACCGCGAAUUCGACCAAAAUUAGCGGACGGUCUAAGUUUGGAACAAGCAUGGGAAGACCUAGUCAAAGAUAUAGUCAUUAAAGCUUUAUCACCAUUGCCAUUAAAGGUGUUUUCGAGUGCAAUUCAGCGUCUUCAGGAGCUCGAUGAAGCUGCACGGCUGGCAUUGGUAGAAAAGCUACUUACUAUUUCACCGAAUCCUGAAUGUGCACCACCUGAUCGAGCUGAACGUAUUCGUAAUACCUUGUUGACGGUUUUGUCUCCCCAAAAUGGGCCUGAAGGUUCGGGUACUUUCAUCGAGGUCGAUGAAGAUUUCAUGAAUAUGGUGCGAACUGUGCUCGAGCAUUCACACAGAGAUUGGGCCAGUGCACGCGACGUACUUCAACGUUUUCUUAAAGACUGCACUUCAAAAUUCAAUGGUGAUCGUAAUGUUUUUAUUGUGUUCCCCCGUUUAUCUAAUAUUGUACGCGAUGUAUUUCAAGAUAUACAUGAACAAAAGAGUCUCAAUUAUUUUUACGCAUGUAUGCAAGAACUUGCAGCAGCAAAAGGACAUAAAUUAAUGGAACUAGUAAAAAUCAAUAUUGCUAAAGAAGACAAUGCACAUCUCGAUAAAUUCUUACGAAUAGUGUUUCCUAAAGGAAUUCCUGAUGAUCCAGUGAUAAAAAACCCGAAUAAAAGUGAUGAUAGCAAUGAUGAGCCUCCUAAACACAAGUUUUCAUUAAGACCGCGUACUCGAUAUCGACCACCCCAACAAUUGCUAAGACCAAGAUGGCAUAACCAGCAGCAGAUGCUUCUUCGAACGUUAUUGGAAGAACCUUCACAUAUGCUCCCGCGUACAGAGCUAAUUGCUCGUGCCCUAUCAAAAGACGCGGAAAUGAGUGCGCGUGAAGGUUUACCUCGAUGUUUCACUGGACAGACACCUAAAAAUUCAGCUAGUGCUUGUCUCACUACGAAUGCUGAAAAGUAUUUUGUACUGGUGAAACAAACUGGAACCCAAAAUUCAUGGUAUAAACUUUCAUUUAUACCCGGAGAUUUGGACGACGCCAUUGUGGCCUAUAAUAGCUGGAUGAAACAAUUAAUUGAACAUGAUUGGCCUUUAUGCUUCGGAAAGACGAAAAAGUCUAAACACGGUAAUGAUACUGAUAAUUACUGCUUUGGUGAUCCUGAUAAUGCUUCUGCAUCUCCUUCCAAACGACUCCCAAAUGAACCUACUGCUUUUUUUGGUGCCAGCAACGAGAAGCACUUACGGUGCAGACGUUGCGGUCCAGAAAUAAAGGCGUGUGAUAUGAAGUUACCAUCUUGCACAAAGUGCAAAUCUAAAGGGGUCCUUUGUGUAUAUCCCAUGCGUGCAGGGGUACACAGGGAUAAUUCUCGGCUUAAUAAUGCUUAUAAUACAACAAUCAAAUCUUCCCCUUCGAAAUACAGGGAGAUGCCUCCCACCACAAUUUCUCUGAGAACAAAGUCACGCGAGGCGGUUGAAUCUUAUGAAAAGAAGGUAAGAAAUAAGGUUUCGAGUGAUAUUGAAGCUGCUAGUCAAGAAGAAAUACUCGCUGGCCUCGAUUUAACGGGUGUCCCCACGAGUUUAAAUGAUAUUGUCGAUGUUCGAACCUCUACGAUUCCUAAUGCUGGGCGUGGUUUAUUUGCCACACGAAACAUCCCAAUGAGUACUCCACUAGGAUUUUAUUUUGGUAUACCUACGAUGGAACACGAAUUUGAUUUAUACAAAGAUAAUGUUGGUAAAGCAUCGCACUAUUCAAUGAGAUAUCGUCAUACAAUACUUGACGCUACUGACGAACACGGUGAACCAUUUACCGAUCCAAAUGGGAAAAUAUACUGUCCUUUUCAUUUUAUGAAUGAGGAUCCAUUCGGAAAUAUGGUUUUUUUGGAGGGAAACGAAGUGAACCAAGUCAUUUGCUGGACUAAAAGAGACAUACAAAAAGGCGAAGAACUAUUCGUGUACUAUGGGGGUGAAGUUGAUCGGGGACAUUGGGGAACAAAAGCAAACAACGGCGGCGGCGGAGGAAGCGGCGAUGCAGAAGAAGAGGAGAAAACUGAAGAUUCAGAUGAACAAGAGUUUCACGAUGAAGAUAGUGAAGACGAGUCUGAACAAGAGACGGAGGAAGAACUUGAAAAUAGCGAAGACGAGGAACAAGAACAAGAGGACGAGGGCGAAAACGAAGAUGAUGAUGAAGAUGAGGAACAAGAACAGGAACAAGAACAAGAGACAAUCAGUGAUAAAAGGAAAAUGAAAGAAAAUGAUCAAAUAGUAAAAAACAGUCCAAAGCGACGGAAAACUAACAAUAAUAAUAAAUCUAAUGGAAAAAAUAACAGUAAUACGCCACACUCUUAUAAUUCCUCUUCUUAUGUUAGUACCAACGAUGAUGAUGAUGAAGUAAUUAUCAAGAUUGAAGAAUUGUAA